AUGUCGAAUAAGUACGACGUCAGCGCGCGCGCGCGCGCGGUGAAGCUCCCAGAGAUUGGUGAGCGACGAGCGAUGAUUCCGUACUGGAACGACGAGCGAGAGAAGACGGUGUACGUGGGAGACGAGGCGAGGAGAGCGGUUGAAGCGCGACGAGCGAGAGAUUUCAUCGCGCUCCCGCACGAGGACACGAGCGAGGCGUUGCGAGCGCUGAGAGAGACGAUUCAAUCCGGUUGGACGUCACACGAGAGCUUGGGAUGCGGACACGCAUCUGGAUGGCCGGAGAUUUUCGCUCGAGCCGAGGCUUUGAUCCGCGAACAGUUCCCGCAGUUUGGCGCGUCGGCGGAGGUCCUCCCGGGAACUGGCUGGUUGGGCGAGGGUAACGAAUCGAGGGCAAUCGAUUGGGUGAUAAGACGACCGGAGAAGCACAUCAUCGCGUCCAAGAUACACUUCGCGACGCGAUUACAUCGAGAUCCGGAUUCAUGGACGAACCCGUCGACGACUCAAAGGCCGCGCGAUGGUUGGCCGGAUUUGUCGAUGCCGGAUCGCGGUCGGUAUCAGUAUCGAUUCAUUAACGUGCAUCUCACCACGAGCGCUCUGGACCCGACGGGUAAUCCGUGGCAGAGUCCUUUAGUUGUGAUGUUGCCCAAAGACUCGGGGCAGACAGAGUGGAAAUUCGUGAAGAGAAAAUUAGAGAUGACGCCUGAUGCCGCGAAGGAUGAAAAUAACUUUAGCGACAAGUUGAACAUCUUCGAUCCCAAAACGUGGAUCAUCGGGGGCAACCGUUUGACGCGUGGAGCAUACAAGAAGAAACCCACCGAGGAGGACGUAGUAGAAGUAGGAGUAAGAGGAGAGGACGGUAUGACGGACGCCGAGAGAUCCUUCGAAUUCCCUGAAGUCCUGGCGCAGGACGACCACGAAUUCGUAACCAACGGAGCGUUACUGUUCGACUCGUUCGAUUGUUGGCACGGUGCAGCGAAGUGGCAGGAGGACAAACCUUUCAGAAAAGUAUUGACGGAUGUUGAUCCAAAAGGGCGAGAGCCGUUUCACUCGGCGCGCUGUUCGAUCGAGUUACGGUUCAGAGUCCGCAUCGACAUGGACGCAGACGACACUCGCGUUCCAUGGGGACCUUUCACUUCGGCCGUUCGCUCAGGGAAGUUUUUGUCUGAACCUCUUCGCGACUCUGAGGCUAGGUACGAUCUCGACGUAGGCCUCGCGGUUUAG